UAUGUACCAGCGAGCGUGAUGAUGAUUAAUGCGGGAAGGACGAAAACGCUAUUGGAAAAGCCGUGCUCGAUGGGGCCGUCCUGUGUGGCGCUGCUUAAGUCGACCAUUAUGUGUGUUUUGGGGGCACCUUGGCACCUUAGCAGGUAGUUGAAUGAUGUGGAUGAUGAAAUUUAUAUUCUUUGUAUAGGAGGGCAGGAAUUUGCCCACAGUCUACACCAGUGCACCCUUGGAUCAAUUUACUCCGUGCGCGUGCGUAUAGUUAGGCACAAUCCCAUUACUAUAUACCUACUUGGGUUGUUUUAUACCACAGUGCACUAUUUAAAUAAUUACAAUUUGCAUUAGUAUUUGCUAUUUUCUAGAAAAAUUCGUAAUUAUGUUUGUGUAUACUUUGAAUUUGAUCUGAAAGCGUCUGCUAUGGAUGCAACUAUAUGCAACCUGUAGUGCACAAAAGCAUUUUAUGCAGGUGUGUUUUUGUGUUGCAUACAAAUAACCUCAAAACUUUUCGCUCGUAUUUUAAAUGUGUUUGAUUCAAAGUAAGCAUCAAAUAAUUAAAUAAAAUAAGAAGGAAGGAAGAUGUUUAAAUCUACAACGCUGGGCACGUUUGGUGCAACCACAACCACCCCAAACUCGAACCCAAUGAAGGAUUACGAAGUAAUAUCGCCACCGGACGAUUCGGUGAGUUGUUUAUCGUUUUCACCAAGCACUCUGCCGCAAAACUUCCUGAUUGCCGGAAGUUGGGACAACAACGUGCGUUGCUGGGAGGUGGAACAGAGCGGGAAAACAGUCCCGAAAUCAUUGCAAACCUGUGGCGGUCCAGUGCUGGAUGUGUGCUGGAGUGAUGAUGGCACCAAAGUGUUUAUGGCAGGAUGUGAUAAGCAAGCCAAGGUAUGGGACUUGGGCAGUAAUCAACUGCUGCAGGUAGCUGCGCAUGACGCGCCCAUAAAAACAUGCCAUUGGAUCAAAGCACCCAAUUACUCAUGUCUUAUGACUGGCUCAUGGGAUAAGACUUUGAAAUUCUGGGAUACGCGUUCGCCCAACCCGAUUCUCACUAUUAAUCUGCCAGAAAGGUGCUACUGUGCUGAUGUAGAUUAUCCAAUGGCAGUGGUGAGUACUGCUGGAAGACACAUCAUUAUCUAUCAACUGGAGGGGCAACCAAAAGAAUUUAAAAAAACUGAGAGUCCACUUAAAUAUCAGCAUAGAUGUGUGGCUAUUUUCAGAGAUAAGAAGAAGGCGCCCACAGGUUAUGCCCUGGGAUCAGUUGAAGGUCGUGUUGCUAUUCAGUAUGUUAAUCCUCCAAAUCCCAAAGACAACUUCACAUUCAAGUGCCACCGAUCUAACGGUGCACCAAAUGGAUACCAAGAUAUUUAUGCGGUGAAUGAUAUUGCAUUUCAUCCGGUGCACGGCACGUUGGCUACGGUGGGGUCGGAUGGGACCUUUAGCUUCUGGGAUAAGGAUGCAAGGACCAAGCUCAAGCCGUCUGAGGCAAUGGAGCAGCCGAUUUCGCGAUGUGCAUUCAAUCACAAUGGGCAGAUAUUCGCCUAUGCUGUGAGCUAUGAUUGGAGUAAGGGGCACGAUUUCUAUAAUCCGCUCAAAAAGAACAACAUUUUCUUGCGGGCUUGUUUUGAUGAGCUGAAGCCCAGAUCAUCGUCAUAAUUUGCGCAGUAAAUAAAAAUGAAUAUGGUCAUCA